AUGCUAUCCACAAGUAAGAUCAUACCAAACAUUUUCAAUUCCUCCACAUCAGCAAUCACUGUUCCAGCCUCUAUCGCCUCCAGUAGCUCUCCCACUCAAACAGCUGUUGAUCUUUCCCUCACUGAUAUUUAUUAUCUCAUUUACAGCAUGUUCGUUAAAUUGAAAAUUCCUCAAGAAGAACUGAACAAGGACUUUGAACGAUUUUUCCAGCAGCGAGAAGCUUCUUUGACAUCUGCCUCAUCAAGUGGAAGCAGCUCACGAAACAUUCAGCAGCAACCACCCUACACACAAACUCAAAUCAAUCCAAGUCCUGGUUCUGCCUCCUCAUCAGGAACGCCAUCAGGUAUUAGACCUUCCUCAACACCACGAGGAGUUGGUACUCCUUCUUCAGGAACUGGCAAAGCAUCCCCAAUCAAGAGCCCACAACAAUCUCCACUUCAAUCCUCCAUCAUUGGAUCACAACCGUCUACCAUUAGAAACGACCACAACAAGAUUAGCAAUUGGUUAGUUAUUGAGGACCUUGUUGCCCAAUGCCCUCAUUGUGGAUCAUUGCAUGGUAAUCUGACUCCAGCUCGUUACUUUGGAAGUAAGGUUGUGAAAAAGACAGAACUUUUGUUUGGUAAGAAAGUUGCACCUCCUCCUCCUCCUCCUCCUUCAUCAUCAUCAUCAUUGGCAUCGUCAAGCGGUCAGCUCAAUCAUCACUCGUCAUCUAGCAGCAGCGAUAGCUCCACCAAGAAAAGAAAAUUGGCAGAAUCGUCAGACUCCACACCAACCACAGAACAGCAAGAAGAUUUUACCUCAAUGGCUCUUUCAGAUUCUCCUCUUUCACAAGACUCUAAGAAACUUAAACAUUAG